AUGCAUAUAAACAAGUACCACUACUACGCCAAGGCAAAUGAGAACCGAAACUACUAUUUUGGAUCAGGCUAUAAUAUCUACUAUCAGCACCAGCAAUACAACUACUACUACAGACCUCAAGAAUAUCAAGACAGCAAUGUUAAAGAUUAUUACACACGUUAUCAUAAUGAUUACUAUAGCGACAGCAACUUUUCCCUUCACCAACAUGACGGAAACAGCAUACCCCAGAUAGUAGCAUGUAACCGGCAUCAUCGUAAUGCUCACUACGACAAAAAUCAAACUUAUCCAAGAAGUAGCAGCAGCACUGUCACUCAUGAGUGCGACACGAGAAACGAUAGCGAAAGCGAAACAAGGGAAGCCGAUAUUACGAUGGAUGACAUCAGAGAUCAGCUAGAAAAGGAACUGGAGCACGAAGAGGCAUUCUUUGACGCGCUGUGGUCUUGA